AUGGGUAUUGUCUCACUUUUAUUAGAUUGUGUUGUAAUCUCUACUGCUGCUGCAGGUGUUCGUAGAACCGUUGGUUAUGAUCUUUCAAAAACAGUAUUGUCAAAGUUUAAUAAACCAAACUCUAGAGCAUUCGUCUCUGGAUUCUUCAAUGUAGGUGAAUGGGUUGCAGAUAAGGGAACUAACAUGGUAAAGAAAACAAUCACCAACUACAAACUCAACGAAUACAAACCAAAAGAUAUCAAGUUCAAAGUAGAUGACAAGUUCAACAAAGAUUAA